AUGGCUCGAGCAUCACAAUAUCACGUCUUCUCUCUCCCUCCCGAACUUCUCGAUAAUCUCACUCCCCGGAACCUCAUAACCCAAAACCCUCCAAGUGACAUCUCACGGCCAGCAUCGCCAGACCCAACGUCUUCGCAGACGACAACAGGGGCACGAGCGUGUAAUGUCUGUCUGGGAGCUGUUUUCAAAGACGUGGAGGAGCAACGAACACACUUCCGCUCGGAUUGGCAUCGGUAUAAUGUCAAGAUACGGUUGAAUGGAGGAAAACCAGUAUCCGCCACAGAUUUUGCUCGUCUUGUCGAAGAUCUCGAGGACUCGCUUUCGGGUUCCGCGUCGUCGUCAGAAGACAGCGGCUCUGAAGACUCCGAUGCAGUCCAAAAUCUCCUGCAGAAAACAAAGAUAUCCCGCUCACGCUCUCCAUCACCUACCUCUAAUCGCUCAAUCCCACAAACAGCAUUGGUCUGGUUCCACUCCCCACCCUCCACCCAGAUCGGCAUUUACCGUGCCAUAUACCCCUCCGAUUCAACCCCAUCGACAUAUCUCGAAGACCUUAAACGACUACAGAAGGGUAGUGGCGAGGAGGGCAGGAAGUGGGCGAUGUUCAUGGUAGCAGGAGGUCACUUUGCCGGCGCUAUCGCCAGGGUGAGUAAACCAGAAGAUGAGGCGGAUGAAGAACAAGAAGAGACAGGGGGAAAGAAGAGGAAGCCGAAGAAACCGAAGCCAGAUACGGAGGUGUUGAAACAUAAGACUUUUCAUCGGUAUACCACACGUCGGAAACAGGGAGGUUCGCAAUCUCUGAACGAUCAGGCGAAGGGGAACGCGAAGAAUGCAGGUGCUCAGCUUCGACGGUAUGGAGAAACGGCCCUUCGUGACGACAUUCGCGGAUUACUCACUGAAUGGGCAGACGAGCUCAACCAGUGCGAACGAAUAUGGAUCCGUGCAAGCACCUCAAAUAAACGGAUAUUCUACGACUACGACGAGGCAGUCAUAUCAAAAGGUGAUGACAGGCUCCGUGGAUACCCUUUUCCAACACGUCGACCGACCCAAUCCGAAGUUUCCCGCUGUCUCCUCGAACUAACCCGCGUCAAAAUCUCCCACUUUACCGAAGACGCUCUCCGCGCACAAGACGAGGCCUACCUUGCCUCCCUUAAACCAGCGCCCCCCAAACCCAAGCCCCCCACCGCUGCCCCUGCACCAUCACUCCCCAAAGAACCUAAGCUAACGAAAGAAGAAGAACUCGUCCGUGACAAAUGGGCCCGCCUCCUUGAUAUGAUAAUCCGCGGACGUGUCGAAGCCCUCAAGUCGUUUUGGGAACGUGAGGGUGAAGGCUUGGGUGGCGUCGAUGCGAGGAUACCGGAAUGGACGGGCGAAGCGAGAUAUACGACCUUGUUGCAAUUCGCGGUGCAGGCCGGGCAGGAGGAAAUAACCAGGUGGUUGUUGGAGGACAUACAUGCCGACCCGACCAUCGAGGUACCAUCUGCUACCACGGCUGUUUCGACCACACAAGAUGAUGGUGAAUUGAGCACGGGUGGUGGCGGCGUGGGACGUCGGACGGCUUACGAUGUGGCUCGGACGAAGGAGCUACGAGAUGUCUUCCGGAGAGCGGCAGGAGCGUAUCCGGACUGGUGGGACUGGUUCGGAGCGGCGCGCGUGCCUAGUGCGUUGAGCAAGGAAAUGGAGGAAGCGAAGGAUGAGAAGAAGAAAAUUAGACGGAAGGGGUUGAAGGAUAAAGUCAAGGAGCGGGAAGCCAAGGAAAAGGAGAAAGAACCCUUGACUCCGCCUCCAGAGGCCGUGGAGGCGAAGCCGGCCAAGAAACAGGAGGAGAACCUGGUGGGACCAAGACGGCUUGGAGGCAAUGCUGGUGCGGCAAACGGGUUAGAGGGACUUACACCUGAGAUGCGAGCGAAGGUGGAAAGGGAGAGACGAGCACGAGCUGUUGAGGAGCGGUUGAAGAAGAUGGCUGGUAAAUGACUGGUCCUUUCAACGACUGCGCUCGUAUGGGCGUAUCUCUUUUACAUGUAGCGAUUAGUAUGCUGUAUGUUUUAUACCUUGUAUCCCUCACCUGUAGCAGAAAUAGUCUGACGACAACAGAUAUAAAGCAUGGAUUACAG